AUGCAAGCUCAAGGGAGCUGCAACCCUGGCACCAGUAUAUAUGCACUGUCUCAAGACAAGCAUGCGCGGGUCCCUCUUCUCCGGUCGUCUCUCCGGCCUUCAACAACCCCGCGUCUUCGUGAAUUCAGGGCUGGUCAACGUGUUCCAAGUUCUGCUGAUGAACUAAUACAUUGUUUCUGGCUUCUGGAGAGCGAGAGUAUGGAAGGGCAAAAAGCAAGCAGUGAUGUUAGCCACCUCUCUCCUUGCUGCUUAUUUUUCCUGGUUAUGCAGUGUCACCGGGUUCUCUUGUAUCUGUGUCUGCUCCGUGACCUUGCUUUUUGUAUAUCCUACAGCUGCUUUUCUGUCGCUUUCGCCUCCGUCUCUAUUUGUCGUUGCUUCUAG